AAACCGUUUUGACAGCUCGGCAGAGACAGCUAGCCGUCCAGCGGAGGGAGAGCUUCCUGUCUGUUUAUAGUUUUUUAUUUGGGUUGCUGGCCUAUAUUUGCUUUUCAAUCCUUUUCAAAUCCAUCAUGACAUCCCCCGUAGACGACAGCGACAAGGAAAAGAUGCGCUCCGUGUCUGUGGAUCUAAACCACGAUGCCUCUCUUCUCAUCGACAUUCCUGACGCGCUGUGUGAAAGGGACAAGGUCAAGUUUACCGUCCACACCAAGACCACGCUUAGCUCUUUCCAGAAGCCAGAGUUCUCCGUUCCCAGGCAGCACGAAGACUUCAUCUGGCUUCACGACACUCUGGUGGAGACGGAAGACUAUGCAGGACUCAUCAUUCCUCCAGCGCCUCCAAAGCCCGACUUUGAGAGCCCGAGAGAAAAAAUGCAUAAACUGGGUGAAGGUGAAGCUACCAUGACGAAAGAGGAGUACACUAAAAUGAAGCAGGAGCUGGAGGCUGAAUAUCUGGCCGUGUUCAAGAAAACUGUCCAAGUGCAUGAAGUCUUCCUGCAGAGAGUGUCCUCUCACCCCAAUCUAAGCAAAGACAGAAACUUCCAGAUUUUCUUAGAGUAUGACCAGGAUCUCACCGUGAGAAGAAAGAACGCCAAGGAGAUGUUCGGAGGAUUCUUUAAAAACAUGGUGAAGUCAGCCGACGAGGUCCUUAUCUCAGGAAUAAAGGAGGUCGAUGACUUCUUCGAGCAGGAGAAGACUUUCCUGCUCGACUACUACAGCAAGAUAAAAGACUCGACCGCCAAAGCAGAGAAAAUGACCCGCGCGCACAAAAAUAUUGCUGAUGAUUACAUUCACGUCUCUGCCACUCUGAACAGCCUCUCAGCUGACGACAGCACAGCAAACAAGAAGCACCUGGAGAAGUUGUCCGACCUGUUUGAGAAGCUCAGGAAAGUGGAGGGACGAGUAGCAUCAGACCAGGAGCUGAAACUCACAGAGCUGCUCAGAUAUUACAUGAGAGACAUCCAGGCCGCCAAGGAUCUUCUGUACAGGCGAGCCCGGGCGUUAGCCGACUAUGAGAACUCUAACAAGGCUUUGGAUAAAGCUCGACUGAAGAGUAAAGACAUCCCUCAGGCCGAGGAGCACCAGCAGCACUGCCUGCAGAAAUUUGACAAGCUCUCCGAGUCCGGGAAGAAAGAACUGACCAGUUUUAAGGGAAGGCGUGUCAUCGCCUUCAGGAAGAACCUCAUCGAGAUGGCCGAGCUCGAGAUUAAACACGCCAAGAACAACGUGACUCUAUUGCAGGGAUGCAUCGAUCAGCUGAAGAGCUACUGAUGUGUUUCUCAGUACUUCCUGUCCCACCAUCACCAUCACCAAGUGACCAGUCAUAGCAAAACAGGAAACAUGGCGUCCCCCGGGGGGCCCUCGCACAAACAUGAAUCCAAGCCCCCUCUCUGCUUCCACCCACGGGUCUGAUGCCACUUUAAAAAAAAAAAAAACCUGCACGAGAACAAGUGUCUUGUAAGCAGAAUGUCUUCAUGUUUACAGAAUCCCUGUCCUCUGCUCCGUGGUCCGUCUCGUUCCAAUAUUCAAAGAGGCCGCAAACACGACUGACUUCCAUUUUUUCUGCAGCACAGAUAGACAUGAUUUCCUUUUUCACCCUCAUUUCUUUUUUUCUCAUUUUGACAUCGAGCACAAACUGACAAUUUUGCCUUUUUGUUUAGAUUUUUGACGCUGAAGUUUUCUCUUAUGUCCCCCUUUAAAAACUCUUCUAGAAGCGUUGAGGACGUCGUUUAUUGCGUCGUCUGUUGGAGCGUUUUGUGUUUGCUAACAGAAGUUUACAGAUCUAGUGCCUGUAAAAAAAAAAAAAACAUCCUCAUGCUCUGAAAUUUAAAGUACAACCAAACGAGUACAGAAAGCCCACGAACAGAUCGUCUUCAAGUGUUUUUUAAAAAACAGCAGCACUUCACCUCAGGAAUGGAUCGUUGGGCGUGGCCUCAGAUCCGGCAGGUUAUCAAAGAUGCACGGUAGUUUAGCGAGUCGUAAACGAUUUCUGGGUAGGAAAAAGUGAAAUAAAAAGCUCUACGAGCAGAAAGCAUUUCUCAAAGGGAAUUCAACUUUAGUUAUUUAGUUUGAUUUGCACAAACCCCCUCGUCAUCUCCCCCCCCCCCCCCCCCCCCCCCGACAAACGGCCUUCUUUACUCUUUUCAUCGUGUCCUUCUUGAUGUUUUUCUUUAUCAUGACCUAAAUUUCCCCUUCUCUUUAUUCCGAUGGGGUCUCAACAACAUUUUUCUAAGCAGUGUCUGUAUUUUAAAGACGUUAUAUUAUAAAAUAAAAAGAUGCACUAAAACAAUGAGAAAUACUGAACGACCCUCGCCCCCGGCUCAGUGGAGUGUCAAAAUGCAUCGUAGUUUUGUACAAGAUUGAAUGUAUUUCUAAUGGAUUCCUGCUGUGUGGAUUCCUUCACACGAUCCUUUCAUACAAAAUAUUAUUAGCAUUUUAUAAAUUUGUAUUAAUGGCAUUGAAUAAAUCCUACUUUCCCACA